AUGGCGCAACAGGUUUUGCCUCACUCCCUUCGUGCCAUUCUCUCCCGUGUCUGCUCGCGCCGUUGCCCCGCCGUGCGCGCGGAGCAGGUGCGCCAGUUCCAUCCGUCGCUGGUGUCGGUGCGCCAGUUCCAACCGUCGCUGGUGUCGGUGCAGAACCCCGCGCUGGUGGCGGAGCUCAAGGAGGCGCUCGCGGGGAUGGAGCGCAUGCCUGAGAUCGUGGCUGGGGAUUCGGGGAUUGUAGAGGUGGCACGGCACCCGGACGCGGAGACAGUGGUCACAGGCAUUGUGGGGUGCGCGGGACUGAAGCCGACAGUGGCGUCCAUAGAGGCGGGCAAGGACAUUGCUCUGGCGAACAAGGAGACGCUCAUCGCAGGCGGGCCGUACGUGCUGCCGCUCGCCAAGAAGCACGGCUGCCACAUCCUGCCCGCUGACUCAGAGCACUCUGCCAUCUUCCAGGUGCGCCCUCCCCAGUGCAUCCAAGGGCUGCCAGAGGGUGGGCUGCGCCGCAUCAUUCUCACUGCCUCUGGUGGCGCCUUCAGGGACUGGUCGGUGGAGAAGCUGAAGGAGGUGACCCCAGUGGACGCGCUGAAGCACCCCAACUGGAGCACGGACUGGCCGGUGGAGAAGCUGAAGGAGGUGACUCCAGCGGACGCGUUGAAGCACCCCAACUGGAGCAUGGGCCGGAAGAUUACUGUCGACUCCGCCACGCUUAUGAACAAGGGCCUGGAGGUGAUAGAGGCGCAUUACCUGUUUGGCGCUGACUACGACAACAUUGACAUCGUGAUCCACCCUCAGAGCAUCAUCCACUCCAUGGUUGAGACGCAGGAUUCAUCGGUGUUGGCGCAGCUGGGGUGGCCGGACAUGCGUCUGCCCAUUCUCUACACGCUCUCAUGGCCUGACCGUACCCCUGACCGUUUCCUCAACGCCCAACUUCCCAUUCCGCACACACCCGUCGUCGCCUCCUCAAACCACUGCAGGAUGGGAGACUUGACAUUCAGAGAGCCCAACCGUGACAAGUACCCGUCCAUGGACCUCUCAUAUGCAGCGGGACGGGCGGGCGGCACGAUGACUGGCGUGCUCAGCGCUGCCAACGAGCAGGCUGUGGAGAUGUUCCUCGAUGACAAGAUCCACUAUCUGGACAUCUGCCGGGUGAUCGAGGCCACGUGUGACCGCCAUCGCAACGACCUCGUGCUCGCCCCGUCACUCGAGGACAUCGUGCACUUCGACCAAUGGGCUCGCGUCUACGCUGCUGAGGUGGCAUCCAAGCUCAGCACUGUCACCCCCCCCUACCUACUCCUCUCCCCCCUCUCUCCCCCCCGCCCCAAUUCGCUCUUCCCUGCUGCUUCUCACCUCUCACUGCCUCCCCCGCUGCCCUCCUCUCUCCCACUGCCGCAUCUCCUUCUCCUCCCCGUCGCCCGCCGUCGCCUGCCAGGUCCGGAGCGUCGCGUGGGCGGUCGCCUGCCGUAUGGCUCGUCGCACGCCGCCAUGUCGUACGGCGCGCCGUUCGUCGCCACCUCCGCGCCCAAGCUGCAAACCACUGCGCGCCAAGAAGGAUCGCGCGGCGGCGGACUCAGGCGCCCGGCGCGGCGGGCGCGGAUGGGGGGGGGAAGGGCGCAGCAGGGGGGCGGGUUGCUAUGCGGGGGCUGCGCGUGCCUCGGCGCGCUGUGCGCGCGGCUGCGGCCGUCGCGGAAGGCGAACUGGCCGUACGCGUUAGUGAGUGUUGUGUUUGUGGCGCUGGUGGCGUCGGAGCAGAUCGCCCCUAUGCUGCCCUCCACUGCGCGCGCACGAGGGGAGGCGCGCGCGGGGGGAGGCGGGGAGGAGGAGGCGGUGAGCGGACCACUGACGCGGAUAGUGAGUGGCAUGUGGGGGCGCCCAUCACCUGCCACGCCUUUCAACGCCAGCAGCAACAGCAAUCACAGCAGCAGCGCAAGCAGCAGAAGCAGCCCUGAGCUAGCAGGAGGGGCCGGAGGGGCGGGUGGAGGGUCGGGUGGAGGGUCGGGUGGAGGGGCGGGUGGAGGGGCGGGUGGAGGGGAGAAAGAAGCGGCGGGUGAGGCGGAGGAGGAGGAGACAGCUGGGCGAGGGAAUCGCGGGGCGGCGGGCAGUAAGGAGGAAUGCUCCGAGUGCUGGCAGGAGGUGGAUCGGCUGAGGGCUCUGCGAGAGAGAGCAGCAAGAGAACGCAGGCGGCUGUUGGUGGAGCCAGCAGGGGCGGCUGAGGGGUUACAAGCAGCAGCCCUUGAGACGUCUCAAAAAGGAGCAGCAGGGGCGCGCAGGCGGCUGCUGGUGGAAGCAGGAGGGACGGUGGAGGGGUUGCAAGCAGCGGCUUUUGAGACCUCUCAAACAGGAGCAGCAGGAGCAGCAGGAGCACGCAGGCGGCUGUUGGUGGAUCCAGCAGGGACGGUGGAGGGGUUGCAAACAGCGGUGGCGGCAGUGGAAGCAGAAAUGGCGGCAAUGAAAACCAAGAUGAGCGACCUGGCAGUGGCAACAGAGCAGGUUGCUAAGGAGGCGGGUAACUUGCGGGCGGUGUUGCAGGGCGAGGGACACUGGGCCACGGCCAACCUCACCCGCCAUUUCCUACUCUCCACCGCGCCCUCUCACCCCGACCGCUGUGCCGUGCUGUCUCUCGACCGCCGCGCACUGCAGAGGCAGUCCAAGCGCGGUCCCAAGGGCCCUCCGCUCUCCUGGAAGGGCUACGCAUGUGAGGCGGCUCCGUCGCAGAUCCAACGAUACACGGACGUGGAGGCAAGAGCUAUGUGCCCCGACGACUGGUUCUUCGUUCAAGAGCUCGUCUUCCUCAAAAACUGCUUCUCCUUGCCACCCCGCCGCUGCCUUGCCCGCACGCCGCAACACCCCACAGAGCCGCUGCCGUUCCCACAAUCCCUAUUCGAUCAAGCGGCCUUAGCAGACGGGGGGGUGAGGUGGGAGCAGCAGCAGUGCGGGUCGUUCCACUGCCUCAACACGCGCGCACUGGGCGACUGUCGCAACUGCUUCAACCUCUCUCUCGAGAGCCACCGCUGGCACCACCGCUUCCGAGGCAACCCCACCAUGCAAGACGUGAUGCUCUUGAAGAAUGGCUCUCUCAGGUUGGGGCUGGACGUGGGAGGCGGCACGGGGAGCUUCGCAGCACACAUGGCACGGCACGGGGUGACGGUGAUGACCACAGCCAUGAACUACGAGACCGUGUCGGGGCGGCAUGCGGGGCUGCCCUAUUUUGAAGCCAUCGCCAUGCGCGGCCUCAUCCCCCUCUUCCUCCCCCAUAAGGCACGGUUACCCUUCUACGACAACACAUUGGAUGUGAUUCACAGCGUCAACAGCGUCAAGUACAUGCCCGUGCUGGAGUUUGAGGAGCUCGUCUUCGAGUGGGACCGCGUGCUCAGACCAGGCGGCCUCAUGUGGUUUGAGAUGUUCUACGCGCCCGUCGAUGACAUGGUGCUGUAUGUGGCCGUGCUGCAGCAGCUGCGCUACCGCCGCCUGCACUGGACGCUCAUGCCCAAGCCCGACCGUGGGGAGAUAGAGGCACACCAGCUCUACUUGAACUGCGUUAUUGAGAAACCUGCUAGGCGAAAUGCACUCAAACCUGUUGAAUUCGUCUAA